CGACUAUACAAGCAAAAUGUAAGACAGAAAGGGAACAUGGAAGUAAAGAAAGAAGAGAAUGGCAUCCAAAAGAAGGAAGAUAUAGGACCUGAUCAGCAGGCACUGACCUUAUGUUUAGAGCAGAGUUGAUUCCGAACAGCCUUUCUCUCGGCUGGAGCACCGCGCCCGGGCACUGACAUGACAUAAUUAGCGCUGAUAUACCAUAAUUGGCGCUGAUAGCUACAACUUUGAUGGUCUCCGACGCGUCCCAGGAAGGAAAGGGGGAAUUGCCAGCCGGGGUGAAGAAGAGCGAAAAUACGAAAGGAAGUGAAGAUGGCUUAAAGAUUAUGGUAGAGCAAUAAAUGAAAAGGACAGCGAACAGGAGACGCAAUAAUAGAAAAGAAUAGGAAUACUAUAAAGGAAAGAGUAGGAAAGAGAAGAGAAAUGCAAGCCGAUGAAAAGCAGAGAAAUGACGGAAGGAAGAAAGGAAGGACAGCCUACGCAAGCAAAUAGCAGGCGAUAAAGAAAAGGAGACAAGAGAAUUAACAGGAGCACAGAGGAAGAGACGGCAGAGGAGAUAGCAAUGAUGGUGUGGCGGCGCGGGUGCUGUCGCUGUCGCGUGUGCGGCGGCGGAGCAGCGCACGGUGUCGCUGCAGGCUCAGGAACGGCUCCGUGUGGGCGGCUCCGCCCCGGUGCGGCGGAGAGCCCGGCUGUGAGCGCGGGGGGGCGGCGCGGGCCGGGCAGCAGAGCCGGUGCGUGCGGGCGGCGGCGGGGAGCCGUGCGGGGCCCGGGCCGGGGCCGGCAGCCACAGCGGCGGCGGCGGCGGCGGCGGCAGGGAGGAUGGGCGAGCGCUGCUGUGCGGCGGUGCUGCGGGUGCUGGUGCUGCUGCAGGCGGCCUGGGCGCUGGCGGGCGGGCAGGUGCGCUACUCGGUGCCGGAGGAAGCCAAGGCCGGCACGGUGGUGGGCCGUCUGGCGCAGGACCUGGGCCUGGAGGCGGGCGAGGCGGAGGCGCGGCGGCUGCGGCUGGUGGCGCAGGGCCGGCGGGCGAGCGUGGAGGUGAGCGGGGCGAGCGGCGCGCUGCUGGUGAGCUCGCGGCUCGACCGGGAGGAGCUGUGCGGCAAGAGCGCGCCGUGCGCGCUGCGCCUGGAGGUGCUGCUGGAGCGGCCGCUGCGCGUCUUCCAUGUGCAGCUGGAGGUCACCGACAUCAACGACAAUGCCCCCGUGUUCCCCGCCGCCCGCAGAAACCUCAGCAUCGCGGAAUUGUCUGUGCCGGGGUCUCGUUUCCCGCUGGAGGGCGCGUCGGAUGCGGAUAUCGGAGCGAAUGCGCAGCUCUCCUACACACUCAGCCCCAGCGAGUAUUUCAGUCUUGAUCAUCAGGGGAAUAAUGACCAGAGUGCGUCUUUGGGUCUUAUUUUAACGAAAUCUCUGGACCGCGAGCCGAUUCCCGUGCACCGAUUGGUGCUGACGGCGACUGACGGGGGCCGGCCGUCUCUGACGGGCACCAUGGAGCUGGUGAUCUCGGUGCUGGAUGCGAACGACAACGCGCCCCAGUUCAACCAGUCUGUGUAUAGAGUUAAGAUCCUAGAAGGUUCAGAGCUCGGGACUCUGUUAGUCACGCUUAGCGCCACGGAUCCUGACGAAGGAAUCAACAGUGAUAUUAUGUAUUUAUUUAGUAGACGUGUUAGUACAAAAGUUAAAGAAAUGUUCACUAUCGACGAAAACAAAGGAGAAAUAAGACUUCAAGGCAAAUUAGACUAUGAAGAAACCCAUAGUUACGAGAUCCCUGUUGAAGCAAGGGACAAAGGCUCCCCUCUGCAGCCUGUGCGUGGCGGACGGCGCCGCCAAGAGCGACCUCAUGCUAAACUGCUGGUGGAGAUCACAGAUGUGAACAAUCAUGGCCCAGAGAUUACAAUUACAUCCCUUUCCAGUCCCAUUCCUGAGGAUGCUGUUCCUGGCACAGUGAUAGCUCUGCUGAGUAUUUUGGAUAAGGACCCUGGGGAGAAUGGGAAAGUAGCCUGUCAGAUCUCUGAAAACCUUCCCUUCCAGUUAAAGCCUUCCCUUCAAAACUACUACAGCCUUGUCACCAGUGAGCUUCUGGACAGAGAGCUGAUCAGUGAGUACAACAUCACCAUUACUGCCACGGACUUGGGUUCUCCCCCUCUCACCACUCAGAAGACUGUUUGGGUGCAGAUUUCUGACGUGAAUGACAACCCCCCUGUCUUUGGUGCUGAUGCAUUCGAUGUGUUUGUGGAGGAGAACAAUCCACUUGGUGCUUUUCUCUACCAGGUUUCGGCAUCUGACCCUGAUAUAGGGGAGAAUGGACGGAUCUCUUACAUGCUCAGGAAUUCCACAGUUGCAGGCAGUGCUCUGACCAGCUUUUUGUCUAUGAACUUGGCCAAUGGGAGCAUCUAUGCAAAACGUGCCUUUGAUUUUGAGCAGCUUAGGAGCUUCCAUUUCCAAGUGGAAGCCAAGGACAAUGGGUCACCAGCCUUGAGUGCUGCCAUAACAGUGAAUGUUUACAUCUCAGACCAGAAUGACAAUGCCCCAGCCAUCCUGUACCCCACCAGCCAGAAUGGCUCCGUAGCUGUGGAAGUUGUGCCCCGCCUGGCUGAUGAGGACUACCUGGUGACCAAAGUGGUGGCAGAUGACGAGGACAAUGCACAGAACGCCUGGCUUUCCUAUCACCUCGUCCAUUCCUCCGAUUCCACCCUGUUCCAGCUGUCACCGCACACCGGCGAGCUGCGCACCACGCGCUCCAUGCGCUCCACCGACUUCCUCAAGCACAAGGUGGUGGUGGUGGUGCGGGACCACGGGGAUCCACCGCUGUCCUCCACCGUGACCGUGGGCAUCCUGCUGGCUGACACCCUGCCCCAGGCACUGCCAGACUUCGAUGACAGCGGGGAGCCACCACCCCUGCUCAACGCCACGAACAUCUACUUGAUCGUUUCCCUUGCCUGUGUCUCGUUCAUCUUCGCGGCGUUCAUCUUCUUCCUCGCCAUCAUCCGGCUCUGCCGGUGCCGAACUUGCUGCUGCAGUGGCUGCUGCUGCCCACCUGAGGACUAUAAAAAUUACUGCUACAGUGUGCACAUGCUUCCCAGCUCCCACCUCCCACCGGACAUGCUGGAGGUCACUGGUGUGGGUAAACUCACUCACACCUACUUGUACAGGGCAUCUGUAGGUCUUGGGCCUGGUAACAGCAGCAUCCCAAAUGGAGAUGCUGGGAAUGUUCCUAGUGGCUCAAGGUUACAAGUGCCAGGACCCUGCAUCCAAGUGCAGCAGGUCCAGAGUGACCGGUUGAGUGCUGUCCUCGUGCGGACGUACUUCAGCGCUGCAGCAGCAGGUCCACAAGUGAAUGCAGCUGUCAGCUCCCCCAGCCGCCUCCCCAAGCCUUCAGCAGCGAAGCCGGGGCGGGGACGAGGAGCGGCGGCACGGCACAGGAGCCGCGCCCCUCCAGGCUCGGCGGCCACCGGCGCCGGGGUCCCGGGGCUCGGCGGGGCCGCAACACGUGGGCGCGGGCGGCGGGGCCGGGCGGGGCGCGGGGCGGCGCCCGCCGAGCCGCUGUUCCCGGCCCAGGUGCUGAACCGGCGCCAGCCGCGGCUUAGCGUCCACCCCCGCCUCCUCCCGCGCAGCAGCUGGAGCGCGAGAAAGCGGAUCCGGCAACCGCCGGAGGGAGAGAGGUCGGAGCCGCCGCUUCGCGCAGCCGGCGAGCAUGGACCGGGCGGCGGCGGGGCCGGCGGGGCGGCGGUGCUGGGCCCGCUGCUGCUGCUGGGGCUGUGCGCCGGGCGGGCGGCGGGCGGGCCGCUCCGCUACUCGGUGCGGGAGGAGCUGCCGCACGGCGCCUUCGUGGGCAGCGUGGCGAGCGACCUGGGCGUGGAUCCGCGGCGGCUGGCGGCCAGGGGAGCGCGGAUCACCUCGGGCAGCGGCCGGCAGUACCUGGAGUUGGAGCUGGGCCGCGGGGCGCUGCUGGUGCGGGAGCGCAUGGACCGCGAGGCGCUCUGCGAGCUGAGCCCCUCCUGCUUCCUCAGCCUGGAGUUGGUCAUCGAGCAGCCCAUCGAGGUGCACAACGUGGAGGUGGAGGUGCUGGACAUCAACGACAACGCGCCGCGGUUCCCCCGCCAGGAUUACCGGCUGGAGAUCAGUGAGUCUGCCGUGCCCGGGGCCCGUUUCCACAUUGAGAGUGCCCAGGACCCCGAUGUGGGCACCAACUCUGUGCAGAACUAUCUGCUCAGCCCCAAUCGCCACUUUGCCCUGGACCUUAAAGGCUUCCAGACUGGCAGCAAACUCCUGGAGCUGGUGCUGCAGCAGCCACUGGACCGGGAGCAGAGUGCCCUGCAGCAGCUGGUGCUGACUGCUGUGGAUGGUGGGGAUCCCCCCAAAUCUGGCACAGCCCAGAUCUCUGUGCGAGUUGUGGAUACCAAUGACAACCCACCUGCCUUUGACCGCUCCACCUACACCGUGAGCCUUCUGGAGAACUCCCUGCCUGGCACGCUAGUGGUCAAACUCAAUGCCUCAGACCCAGAUGAGGGCUCUAACGGGGAUGUGAUCUACUCCUUUGGCAGCUACACCCCCCAGAAGGUGAGACAGCUCUUUAGUGUGGACCCACAUUCAGGGGAGGUGCGGGUUAACGGCACUUUGGACUAUGAGGAGGCAUCCUCCUAUGAGAUCUAUGUACAAGCCACUGAUCAGGGCCCUGUCUCUAUGGCUGGGCACUGCAAGGUGCUGGUCAACAUUGUGGAUGCCAAUGAUAAUGCUCCUGAAGUGCAGCUGACCUCCCUGUACAGCCCAGUGCCAGAGGAUGCAAGGUCAGGAACUGUGGUGGCCCUGAUGAGUGUCACUGACCAGGACUCAGGGCUGAACAAGCAGGUGAGCCUGCGCAUUCCCCCUGGCCUCCCCUUCACUCUCAACUCCUUCAAGAACUCCUACACCUUGGUCACCCAGGGCAAACUGGACCAUGAGAAAGCAGCAGCCUACAACAUCACAGUUACCGCUACUGAUUCUGGGAGCCCCCCUCUGUCCUCCCAGAAGGUGAUCCAUGUGGAGAUCUCCGACAUCAAUGACAAUCCUCCACGCUUCGAGGAGCCUGUGUACUCAGUUUACAUCCCUGAGAACAACCCCCUCGGAGCCUUCCUGUGCACUAUUAAAGCCACUGACCCAGAUGUCGCCAAAAAUGCCUAUGUGUCCUAUUCUCUACUUGAUGGAGAGAUUGAAGGGCUACCGGUUGCUUCCUACGUCUCCAUUAAAUCUGACAGUGGCAACAUGUAUGCUGUCAGGUCCUUUGACUAUGAGACACUGAGGGAGUUCCAGGUGAUUGUCCAGGCUCAGGAUGCUGGGGUCCCACCACUGAGCAGCACUGUCACUGUCUACAUCUACGUGGUGGAUGAGAAUGACCAUGCUCCACAGAUUCUGUAUCCUACCUCAACGAACACUUCUGCAGCCCUGGAGAUGAUCCCACGCUCGGCAUAUGCUGGAUAUUUGGUAACCAAAAUUAUAGCCAUUGAUGGGGACUCGGGACAAAAUGCCUGGUUGUUCUUCUACCUGGUGCAAACCUCAGAUCCAGGUUUGUUCAGGAUAGAGCUCCAUACUGGGGAGAUUAGGACUACUCGCAAGCUGGGGGAGGACAGCACACCUACUUUCAACCUGACGGUGGAGGUGAGAGACAAUGGAGAGCCAUCGAUGUCCUCAUCAGUAGCCAUCACUAUUGCUGUGGUGGACAGAGUUUCCAAAAUCAUCCCUGAUAGAAGAAGACACUUUAAAAGCCCAAGCAAUUACUCAGAGGUCACUCUUUAUCUCAUUAUCGCUUUGAGCGCUGUCUCCUUCGUUUUCCUUUUCACAAUCAUUGGGCUUUCUAUCAUCAAGUGCUACAGAUACAGUCUGUAUGGGAGCUCCUGCUGUGCAGGGUGCUGUAAGGUCAGAGAACGGAACCCUGCUGAGUUGUACAAGCAGGCCAACAACAACAUUGAUGCUAGAUUGCCCCAAGGUUUAAAAGUGCAGCCCCAUUUCAUUGAAGUGAGGGGCAAUGGGUCUCUCACUAAGACCUACUGCUAUAAGGCCUGCCUGACUGCAGGAUCAGGAAGUGACACUUUCAUGUUUUACAAUACCUGUGGCCCAACAGGAACUACUGGUCCCUCUGCAGUGGUGACUGAGAGGCAUCUGACAGGACAAAGUGGGCAGAGUGCACAAAACCUGAUCAUACUUAGAAAUGACUCCAUUACUCCUAAUGAGCCAAAACACCCCAACCCGGACUGGCGCUACUCUGCAUCCCUGAGGGCAGGAAUGCAAAGUGCUGUGCAUAUGGAGGAGCAAGGAGUCCUGCGUGGAGGAGCAGCAGGGCCUGACCAGCAGUGGCCAACAGUCUCCAGUGCUACAGCAGAACCUGAGGCAGGAGAGGUGUCCCCCCCAGUGGGAGCUGGUGUGAACAGCAACAGCUGGACCUUUAAAUUCGGACCGGGCAAUUCCAAACAAGGUGGUCCUGGUGAGUUGCCAGACAAAUUCAUUAUCCCAGGAUCUCCUGCAAUCAUCUCCAUCCGGCAGGAGCCACCAAACAGCCAAAUUGACAAAAGUGACUUCAUUACCUUUGGCAAGAAAGAAGAGACCAAGAAAAAGAAGAAAAAGAAGAAGGGAAACAAGACUCAGGAGAAAAAAGAAAAGGGCAACAGCACCACUGAGAACAGUGACCAGUGAGGGAGUUAUACUGAAAAAACCCUUUUAGCCAGUUUUUGUAAUAAUGGCAGAUUUCUCCUAUGUAGCAAAUCCCAACUUCUUCCUACUGUUAUCAAAUUUCCUGUAUGUACAGACUUGAGAAAAUCAGCAGGAAAUUCAGUGUCUGUCUAAAUUGCUUAACAGGUUUUGUCUUAAAAGCUUUAUUAAGUCUGGUGUUAACUCUUUUUCUCCACUCUGGCUUGUUUUCAGAAUCUAAAAAGCAGACACAAGUUUCCUUUCUCCUACGCCGAAAAGGAGAAUCUUCACAGUACAGCCAGUGAGAGGUUGGACUCUGCACUGUGGUUCCUGUGCUCCUGUCUUGAUGACACUUGCAGGACAGGUUUAAAAGUUUUAAUGUUGUGCACCCUCUAUCUGAUUGGAAAUAUUUGUGUGCAGAUGUCAGCUAGGUGAUAUGAGAUCAGAUUAUAAAAUGCAAGAAGAGCUGGUAAAUAUGCAACAGAGGAAACACCUAAUGAACACAAAUGUGCAAAGAUGUUCAGGCUGGGGAGAAAAUGUCUGAAAGGAGAUGAGCAGACUUGUCAAAUCCUGAGAAGUCACUGUGUGGAAAUACUGACUCCUAUACAUGACGUAUUGUACACACUGCUUCAAAUGAAACCUCACAUUUACAGCUCUUUAAGACACCAUAAAUUCUAUCUCUUUACCAAGCAAGCCAUUGGAAAAAAUUUCCCUUAAAGCCCUGCAUUACCCUGGUAAGGCUAGCCCUCAGAGAGUAACAAGGGCUGGGCUGACAUCCCAGGAAUGUAACUGUGAUGCUGUGUGUCCCUAUUUCCACAUUAUUUUGCACAUUAUGUCUCUGAAAAGGUCAGAGUUUUUCCACAACACUUAUGCAAAAGAGAGAAAAAAGUAACAUUAACUAUGCUAUUUGUUAUUUGAGAUAUUUAUUUAUAAAGAAAUAUAGCUGUAAAUGUUAAAGAAAUAUGAUGCCCUUUAACCCAAACAGAAGUCAAUCUAGAGCCAUUAUAAAUUACAAUUGCUGCUAUUAAAGUGCUUUAGAAAAAUUGCCUGAAACAUCUGUAUUAUAUCGGCCACUUGCCAAUAACAGCUUUAUUCUGUCGGGUGACUUGGGGGCUGCCUCUUGCAUGUAUUAAUGAAUACAAUAAUAUCUUCUUUUUUUUUGUUUUUUUGCAUUAUUCUGCACUUUGAAUACACCUUUGCAAACAAACUGUCCUAAUAUGAAGAAGCAGAUGCAAACUCCUCACACAAAUGGAUUUACUAACCUGCUAGCUCUGUGCAGUACCUUGGUGUUACCUCCCACAUGACCUUUUCUGAUUUUAGUUUUACUUUUCUAUGAGAUUAUGAACUUCUGAUCCUACUAACACUCCUUAUGUAAAAUUCAAGUACUGUAUGUAUGCUGUAUGCUCUUAUAAGAAUCCUGAAAUAUUUAUUCUGUGCUUGUGUAUGUGAAUGUCAAUGCAACUAUUAUUAGAGUGGACUUUAAGCUUUACCGUUGAAUGUAAAUUCAUUAUUUCUUUUUUGUACACUUGUGGAAAAGUGGAGUAGUGUUAAUUUUUUAAGCCACUGUUGAUUAUCAGUUUUUUUUGUGUAUGAAACACAAGUAAACUAUCUUUCUUAAACCAA